AUGGUGUACAGUGAUGAUGAUGACGACUAUGAUUUUCCCCCUGUCCCACAGAAUUUUGCAGCCAAAGGAAAGCUGCCUGUUGCUGUUCCUUUGGACACUUCUGCACACAGCAGAAAGAUUGCAGCAAAGAAAACUCUCACUGAUGGGUGUUCUAAUUCUCCGUGUCACACAAAUUCCCGUGAGAGACAGUCAGGCAAGCAGCUUGACUCUAGGUGUCCAUCCAGUCAGUCGUCGUUCACUGAUGAGUCAGCUCCAUUAAGGUUUUCAAGUCAACGAGCUAUGAGUACCGAGGUAGAGAGCACACGUUCAGUGCAGUUUGACGGGCAAGAUGAUGUGCAGUCUUGCAGAUCAAGUAUGUCUGAUGAAGGUGUAUCUGCGGACGUGACCGGCAGUCACAAAGGUCUCCAGGACUCUACGGCAGCUGGUAAUGCUAUGGCUUGCACGAUACUCUACCAUGGAUAUAAAAAACUCAUAUCUGGGUGGUUCUGA